AAGAUGUUAAGUAAGCAUUGGUAUGCAGCAGAGGCUCGUUAUUUAGUCGCUAGCAUAGCAGUGUGACUAUGAAUGAUACACAGCACAGCAGAAGGAAUGCAUGUUCUGAACCAUUCCAUCUGAUUUUCCUAACUCCAACCAGAAAAAAAGAAAAAAGAAAAAGAAGAAUGAUUGCCAGGACCUCAUGUGAUUGCAUAAUCAUAGAGUGAAAAGAUAAAUACCAUAAUGUUGAGGCCAGAGAUGGUGUUCUUUCUCUUUCCCACACUCAGACAGAAAGAGAAAGAUAGAGGGGAAUGUAGCGUACUAGCGUUAUACAGUGGGACUACUCUGCUGACACCUCAUUAGUGAGGAAUGAAAAAGAACAAUGUAUACAUGUGUAAAUUAAAGGGAAAAACCAAAAAUCUACAGCUGUAAAUGCAUGUCCUUUAGUGGGAGAUUUCCCCUCACAUCUGGUGAAAUUGGUGGCUUUUUGCUGUUUCAAUGUUCUACUUGUCUUAUUUAUCACCUAUUUGUGGUUCUCACUUCUCAGGUUGUAAAUUCUAAUGCCAAUGCUUCUCCCUUGCAUUGCAGCAAUUAUUAUAUAAUCUUUGGUUUCUUGUUUCUUGACAGAGGCUCGUCGACCGAAGGAGAGAGUUUAAUUCUCUCUGAAAUGGGGCGUGAUCAUCACCAUGUUGUUUGUGGCCAAAGACUCAGUUUUCUUAGCAUUUCUCUUUGCUUUCUGAUCAUUUCAAGUUGGACCCAGAUGGGACUUGUUACUGAAGGUAGAAAGACUCCCAAACAGAAUGGUUUUUAUCAGGCAGUACAUGAUGAUAAGGCAAUGGUGAGGGCACAAAUAGGGUCAAGGCCACCAAGAUGUGAGAGAAGGUGCAGGUCUUGUGGACAUUGUGAGGCCAUUCAGGUACCUACAAAUCCUCAAGCGCAGAACGGGAAGAUCAACUCUUCAACUGUGUCUACUAUUGCUUUUACAAUGGGAGAAGGUAGCUCCAACUACAAGCCUAUGAGUUGGAAGUGCAAAUGUGGGAACCGGAUUUUCAACCCCUGAUUCCAAGUGUUGCACAAUUUAGUGGUUAGAUAAUCAAGCAUAGAAACUAAUUUACCAAUUUUGUAAAUGAAUAUACAUUUCUAAGUAAUGUAAUUUUUUUUUUUAAUUAUUAGUCACUUUGGUUCUUACCUCUCAAUGUUCUCUGUCUGAGGAAAAGCGUUUACUGUGCUAUAAUUACAUAGUCACCCCAUUUCUUUCCUGGCAA